AUGAACCUAAUACUAUUUGAAGGUUCCAAGAUAUACUUCAUCAACAAAGUGUUUGACCUCUUAGACACAAUAUUUUUCGUUCUACGUGGUGUUGGCUGUUGUACGGGAAUUGCCAAUGGCGUGGUUCACAUUGUGAUGUACACGUACUACCUACUUUCUAUACAAGGAUAUAAUGUUUGGUGGAAGAAAUACCUAACACAGCUGCAACUAGUGCAGUUCAUCAUAAUCCUCAUACACGCUUUUGGAGGCGUCUUCUACGAAAGAUGUACAAAGUACAAUUUCCUCAUAACGUCAUCAAUAAUUAUCAACGCUCUUUUCUUUGUUUAUCUGUUUGGAUCUUUCUACCUCAAAACGUAUUUGGGAGAAAAGAAAAAGAAGAACUUAUGAAGUGGGGCAUACAGUGAAAUAAAAGAUCGCGUGUCGGGACUACCCCAGCAACUGUAUUCGACACACACAACUAUGCUACGGGUCGAAAAUUCUGGCGGCUCAAAAAAGUAAAAUCUGCUAGUCGACGACCGUCACCGUCCCUCCUUUCUUUCGACUCUAGAACAUGUUGUUGUGCCGCUCGAGCAUGUUG